AUGUCCCUGAGCCCGAAACACUCCACGCCUUUCUCCGUGAACGACAUCCUGAGCCCGCUGGAGGAGAGCUGCUUUAAAAAGUUCGCAUGCAUGGAGGGCGCUUACCGGCAGCCUCCUCCUCCGACUGCACAGGGCGCGCAGCAUCAGCACCACCACCACCAUCACCAACACCACCACCACCAGCAGCAGCAGCAGCACGGAGUGAGCCACGGAGCUUAUCACGUGCCGCACGGCAUGUCACAGUUCUCACACGCGGCCGUGGCGGGAUACUGUAACGGGAGUCUCGGCGGAGUGGCGGAACUGCCCACUUACCAAGAGAGCGUGAGAAGCGGCGCUGCAACCGCAGCCUGGUACGGAACAAACCCGGAGCCGCGUUACGCAGCCCUUCCUAGGUUCAUGGGCUCCUCCAGUGCUAUGAACAUGAAUAUGGGUGCGCUCGCGGGAAUGGACGCCAAAUCCAUGGUGACUCUCCACGCGGCUCCGCGCAGGAAACGUCGUGUGCUCUUUUCUCAGGCGCAGGUGUAUGAACUCGAGCGCAGAUUCAAACAGCAGCGCUACCUGUCUGCGCCCGAGCGCGAGCACCUGGCCAGUCUGAUCCACCUGACACCGAACCAGGUGAAGAUCUGGUUUCAGAACCACCGCUACAAAAUGAAACGUCAGGCCAAAGACAAAGCGACACGCGAGCCGCAGCAGCAGGACGGCGGGGACGCGUGUCAUCAGCAGCAUUCACCAAGGCGCGUCACCGUGCCUGUGCUCGUCAAAGACGGUAAACCCUGUCAGAACGGAUCCGACACACAGACUUCAGGCCAAAACGUCGCCAUGGCUGCGGGGCCACUUCAGCAGCGUAGCCAAACAGUGGAGACGUUAGCGUCUGCAGCGGAUGAGCUUGACGACAUGGCACCGAGUCCGCCAGGGCUGCACAGCGCGCACCUCCCCGGCCUGUCUCACCUGGACUCCGCCCUCCUGGAGUACAACAUGGCGGGCUCGAACCUGCUCUACGGCAGAACUUGGUAG